AAAAAAGAUCCACUCCACGCAGUGUGUCAACAAAAACACGACAGAGAGAAAUGUAAAGACCUUUAACUGAGGCUGUGCUGGAGUAGACAACUGUGACCGGGAAAGAUGGCGUGGACGCGAACUCGCAUGUUCCUCGCCUUGUUUUUGCUGGGGAUUUUCCUCUUCGGCGUCUCGGUGGAAGGAGAGCCUGAGAGGGUGCAACAGGAGGAGGAGGAGAUGUCCUGUCAGGGCGCGUUCGACCUCUACUUUGUUCUGGACAAGUCUGGAAGUGUGAAGAAUCACUGGAAGGAGAUCUACUACUUUGUGAGGCAGCUGGCCGAAAAGUUUAUCAGCCCCAUGCUGAGAAUGUCCUUUAUAGUCUUCUCCACAAGAGGAAAUAUCAUCAUGAAACUGACUGAGAACAGGGAUGCCAUCACCAAAGGCUUAAGGGCUCUGGACCAAGUGAUCCCAGGAGGAGACACAUGGAUGAACCUAGGCCUGGAGAUGGCUAAUUCGCAGAUACGUAACGAGAACCAUGGGACCGCCAGUGUUAUUAUUGCCCUCACUGAUGGAGAACUGAACGAGUGGCAGUUUGACACAGCACAGCGAGAGGCACAGGUGGCCAGGUCUCUGGGAGCCAUUGUUUACUGCGUCGGGGUCAAAGAAUUUAACCAAACCCAGCUCGCAACUAUUGCAGACAGUAUGGAUCAUGUAUUUCCUGUUUGGGGAGGCUUCCAAGCCCUCAGAGGAAUUAUUGACUCGAUCAUUAAAAAGUCUUGCAUUGAGAUCCUGGCAGCAGAGCCGUCCAGCGUCUGUGCAGGAGAGAGUUUCCAAGUGGUUGUCAGAGGCAAUGGUUUUCUCCAUGCUAGAAAUAUUAACCAGGUCCUCUGCAGCUUCAAACUGAAUGAAACACAUACAGUAGAUGAAAGGCCAGCUGGAAUCGAGGAUACCUACCUACUGUGUCCUGCCCCAGUCGUAGAGGAAGUGGGGAGGGUCAUCUACCUGCAGGUGAGCAUGAACGAAGGCCUCUCCUACAUCACAAGUUCAGUUCACAUCACCACCACCGAAUGUUUCGAUGGCACCCUGGUGCUAAUAUCGUUGCUGGUGGUGUUCCUGCUGCUGGCGCUGCUCCUGAUGUGGUGGUUCUGGCCCCUCUGCUGCACUGUGGUGAUCAAAGAACCUCCCCCACCUCCACCUCCAGAACCGGAAUCGGAUGAUGAGGAUGGAAUGCCGAAGAAGAGGUGGCCUACGGUGGAUGCUUCUUAUUAUGGAGGAAGAGGAGUGGGUGGCAUCAAACGCAUGGAGGUGCGCUGGGGGGAGAAAGGGUCCACUGAGGAAGGCGCUAAACUAGACAAGCCUAAAAAUGCAGUUGUGAAGAUGCCGGAGCAGGAAUUUGAACCUUAUGAACCCAAGCCUCGAAAACCUCGCCGCAGUGCCCCACAGCAGAAGACGUGGUACUCACCCAUUCUGGGGAAGCUAGAUGCCCUGUGGGCUCUGUUCAGGAGAGGUUACGACCAGGUUUCUCUGAUGAGACCACAGCCCGGAGACCAGGGUCGCUGCAUUAGUUUCCAGCGGGUGAAAAAUGGAGAGUCCACCCCAAACCGCCAGACCCCCACUCGCACGCCUCACUCUGCCUCAGCUCCUCCUCCUCCUCCUCCACCAGCUGAAGAGCAGCCCCUGGUCUCCAACUCUGUCCCCCGGACGAAGCCUCCAUCCAGGGGCCCCCGCACAGCGCUACCCCCCAUCGCCGCCCCCCCGUCGCAUCCACCACCUCCCGUGGCCCGGGUCCCCCCCUGUCCCCCCCCAGCCCGCGCACCCCCAGGGCCGCCAGGACCCCCGCCAUCUCGUCCCCCACCCAGACUGUAACGGUGACGAGAGGCCAGCCUGUCCGCUUGUUUCAUUAAGCAAAGAGUGUUUCGCUUUCAGAGCACAAACGUCUUCCAGGCCAGGAGCUCUGAGCCUUGUUGCUGGACAGCAAAGAAAAAGAAAAAAAAGAGAAAA